AGUAAGAUAAAGACUGAAAAGAGUUAAUCGUAUCUGAUGAUUAAGAAGUGAUCAGAGUACAAGCAAUUUCAGUGGAGUGAGGGCAAAGUCUGAUCACAGUGAGCCUAAGAGCAAAGGGGGAAGUGAGGAAAAGCAGCCUAUAAUUCAAGAUUAUUUUUGCUUUGUUGUGAAGAUGUCGCUGGAGGCCACUGCAAAGGUGGGACUUGAAAACAGUGUAAAAGAUCUGGGCUUCGGACCACCCGUGAGCGGCACCAGAUGGGGAGAAGGACAAGACCCAACAGGUAGCUUAAAAAUAGAGAUUCUAAGAAUCGUUGAAUCACUAAGCUGUACACCUGAAAUUACGUUAUUUACAAUUCCGGUGUAAUACGUUAAUUACAGUGGAAUUGAAAAAAAAAAAAGAUCCUAGAAGAGUGAAGAGAUUAGGGCAAGGGUCAAAUAAAAAGAAGAGAUUUCUUCGGAGUUUGGUGAUGGGAAGUGGGUGAAGUUACACAGUAGGAUGGGAAACUGAGGGAGCUCACACACUGAACAGAAUGGCUUCGAUUCUCUCUGUGGAAUAAGCGGCAGGGUCCGCUGCAGAGACCAAGAACGGCGCAUGACUUGGGGAGAGCGCUGGACACUUGGGAGAGAAAACUGCCCAGGGCAGCGGGGAGUAAAAAGGGUUGCUGAGGGCCGGCUGGCGCGUUCGACUAUGAAUUGAACACGGCACCAAUCUCCAAACUUUCCCUUCCAAGUCCGCCGGGCAGGGGGUGAGGCGCCGGGAAGGCCGACGAAGGUCGACUUCUUCUUAAAUGCCUAUGCCCAGUGGCCGAUCCUGUGCGAGAGCCUACCUCAGAUUCGUGACAAGCACCAGAAAGGCCACCAUGUUUGUAUUCUACGACGUGUUGUUCUGUAGCUUCAGCAUCUCAAGGCUCUUGCGGAAACCGAACCGUUUUUGUCUUGUUUUUGUUUUGUUUUUAAAGGCGGGGAGAUUACACGCGGGAAUGGGCCCAACUCUUCCUCUCCCCAGAUCUCCCCGGAGGGAGGGCAGGUGGCCGCUGCGGUCCAGGCGCCUCCGCUCGCGGCGGAGGAGGGGGCCUCUGAGCCGGCGCCGCCGGGCGGAAGCACCGCUGCCAUUGGCCCGGCGGCGGCUUUUACCUGACCGCAGCCCGGUGGCCCGAGCGCAAAGUCCGCGACGUUCAGCCGGACAGGCGGCGGUCAGCAGCGCAGGUGGCCCGCCGCCCUCGGCCAGGCAAGAUGCUCCUGAGGUUUCGGAGAAAGGCGAGAGCCAAGUCCAAGGAGGCCGCCCAGCUGGUGAAGGCCGAGCCGGUGGGCGCGGGCGGCGGCGUUCUCCCGGACCCCCCGCCUCCCACACGCACGGUGGUCUUCCACGCGCAGCUGGCCCACGGCAGCCCCACGGGCCGAGUGGAGGAUUUCGCCAGCAUCCGGGAGCUCUACGCCAAGAUCGCGGCAGUGUUUGAGAUCUCAGCGUCUGAGAUAUUAUAUUGUACUUUAAACACACCUAAAGUUGAUAUGGAAAGAGUCUUAGGAUCACAUGUAGGUCUUGAAGAUUUCAUAUUUGCCCAUGUGAAAGGGAUCCAAAAAGAAGUGAAUGUAUAUAAAUCUGAGGAUUCACUUGGUCUCACCAUCACAGAUAAUGGUACUGGCUAUGCUUUUAUAAAGAGAAUUAAAGAUGGUAGCCUAAUUGACUCAGUUAAAACCGUCUGUGUGGGGGAUCAUAUUGAAUCUGUAAAUGGAGAAAAUAUCGUUGGGUGGCGUCACUAUGAUGUUGCAAAAAAAUUAAAGGAAAUAAAAAGAGAUGAAUCCUUUACCUUGAAGUUAAUAGAACCUAAGAAGGCAUUUGAAGUAGAGCCAAGGUCGAAAGCUGGAAAGUCAUCAGAAAAAAUUAGUACUGGAAGAGAGACACUUCGCUUGAGAUCAAAGGGUCCUGCCACCAUGGAAGACAUGCCCUCUGAAACCAAAAAAAAAGCAAUUGAAAAGAUUGAUGAUCUUCUUGAGUUGUACAUGGGAAUUCAAGAUACUGAUUUAGCUACCACAAUAUUGGAAGCUGGAAAGGACAAAGGUAAUCCAGAUGAAUUUGCUGUGGCACUCGACGAAACUCUCGGAGACUUUGCGUUCCCAGAUGAAUUUGUCUUUGAUGUUUGGGGAGUCAUUGGUGAUGGGAAACGAGAAUGAUGAUGACGUGGAUGAUCCAUCUCUGGAGAAAUGAGCCAUUCUUUUUAAAAAAAAUCCAUAAGAUCUGUUUUUAGACACUGUUACAGACUCUGGUUUGGUCUUACGUGUAUGGAAUACAUUCUUUGAAAUAUAAUUUUGGUUUGUGGGUACCUUUUAAUGCGGUUGCAGAUGUGGUAUGCUUAAAUCACCUAAAAUAUGAUCAGUUUUAAUAUUCAUUCAAGAAUCUUUUUAAAGUAAGUUUUAGGGGGUAUUUCUAGAGAGAGAAUUUUGCUCCCUAUUAACAUCCGUGUUUUCUUUUCCACAUGUAAGUAGCUGGUUGCGGUAGCUCUGUCGCUCAUUUUUAAUAUCUUAAUGCAGUGAAACUGGGAUUAGAGUAUGAUUUGCCUCUGAGCAUCUUCAUUUUGUUAUACCAGCCUGAUCUGGGUACGUUCAGGCAGUGAAGUGUGAAUUAUGACCACUAUGGGUCUAGAAAGCAUUGUUUCUUUAAUCCACUGAGUAAGGGGAGGACGAUUCCUAAAGCCUCUUGAUGUCUAUGGCCUACUUUCUUCAUAAAACAAGGGUUGAUUGACUUUUAUUUUUUUGCUUCUGUAAUCCUUUUAAAAAACUUGUUAAAAUCUAUUAUACUGUGUAUGUAUUUGCCUGUGUGGAAGAAGGGUGGAAAAGGCAGAUAGGGUAGAAACCACUUAAAUUUGAUUUUUUUAAAGCAGUUCUUAAACCAUUCUUUUUCCACUCAUACCCACUGUUAUGUUACCCUUUAUAAGCACUCCAGGGAAGGUUUUUAUAGUCUUUGUAGAACUUUUCUUUUGAAAGAUAUUUACUCAGAAAAUAACUAUGUUUGAGAACUUUUUUUUUUUUUUUAGGUGAAAGAGCAAUGCUUUUAAGCCUCCUAAACUUUAGAGGAGAUACUAUCAGAAAUCAGUUUCCCCCAGUGGAAAUGAAGGAGGACGGGAGGAAUUGAGAAAAUAUAUUAGUCUAUUAUUUUAGAGUUCUAACAUACUUUCUCUAAAACCUUACAUUAUUGAGAAAAUUGAGGGCAAAUGACUGUCUUAUCACUCUUAUUUGACAUUUUGUGGAUGUCAGAGAAUAGAAAUGAAUGGUUUCAACAUAGAUCACUUAAUAAGGCAGUGUAUGGUGUGACCAAGCAUUCUUCUAAAGUGUUGGCUGGAAAAUGCUGUGUGCUGCCAUGGUAAUCAGAAAUAAUGACCCGCGAGGGCUGUAUUCCAGGAAAUCAGGAGCAGUUCCCUUUUCAUGGUGAGUUAAUGCUUAGAUAAUUGUUGUUUUCUGGUGCAACUUUACUUUUACUGACAUCCACUCCUCUUUCACAUAAGUAUAAUGCUUUGAAGCAGAUACUCUUUGUCUCAUUAAUCUGAGACCUGUACAGAAGCCCUGUUUUAGUCAUUAAUGUGUAACUAAAGGAGUUUAUAGAACAUGGAUUCUCUUUUUUUUUUAAGAUUUUAUUUAUUUAUUUGACAGAGAGAGACACAGCAACAGAGGGAACACAAGCAGAGGGAGUGGGGGAGGGAGAAGCAGGCUUCCCGCCGAGCAGGGAGCCCGAUGCGGGGCUCGAUCCCAGGACGCUGGGAUCAUGACCUGAGCCGAAGGCAGACCCUUAACUGACUGAGCCACCCAGGCGCCCGAACAUGGAUUCUCUUAAUGCGCUUGCCCAUCAUUUGAAAAUGGGACCCAGCUCAGGCUGUAAUUUGUUGUUACUUGUUUCAUGGAUUUCUUUUGGAGCUCCCUAAAUAUCUAUUAAUUCUUUUUUAAAAAAAUUUUAAUUUUUUAAUUUUUAUUUUAAGGUAUCUACUGAUUCUUUUUUUUUUUUUUUUUUAAAGAUUUUAUUUAUUUUUCAACAGAGAGAGAGACAGCGAGAGAGGGAACACAAGCAGGGGGAGUGGGAGAGGGAGAAGCAGGCUUCCCGCCGAGCAGGGAGCCUGCUGCGGGGCUCGAUCCCAGGACCCUGGGACCAUGACCUCAGCCGAAGGCAGACGCUUAACGACUCAGCCACCCAGGCGCUCGGUAUCUACCGAUUCUUAAUACCACCUCUCUUAGAAGGACACACAAAGAGUUGAUACUUUGAAAGGUGAGAAAGUUGAGGCCCAUAAAAGCACUUUAGUUUAACAAAAAAAGUUUCCUGGCACUAGAUGUUAGAUUUGAAAUGAUGAGUCCUUAUUUAUCGUUGAUAUCUUUUUCUCCUUCCUUUUUGGGCAUGCAGGAAGAUUGACACUGAUUCUCUGUGAUUUAUGGAAUCUCAUAUUCACAAACUGAGUUGUGCUCACCAUGAUUUUUCUGGAAUUUUGAUGUGUAAGGUACCAGUGUCCAUGUACAGCGGUAACUCUACUUGCCUGUUAGGGUUAAAUAGUAGUUAUCAUCAUUCAGGGCUUCACCUGAGCACAGGUACUUUAAUCCUAAUAGGUUUUUCCUUGAAAUGUCUUUGUCUCUCACCUCUAUUGCUUAGCUGAUAACAAGGUCAGUUUCUUUAUGUCAUUUUGUUCCCUCCCUGAAAAUGUAUCCGUUUGUGAACUUUGUGCCCUUCGGUAACUCUCGGUGCACAGAAAGAGCAGGGUCUCAUUUUAGUUGUCACCGUCUACAAUGUGGGCUACCCUUCUGCUACUACAAUGAGAACAGUCUUUUUUUUUUUCCCCAUUAAACAUGCUAUUUCAUUGAUACCACCAAACAUUUCCAGAAGGCCUCUCUCAUUUUCUUUUGUUCUUUUUUUUUUUUUUAAGAUUUUAUUUAUUUAUUUGAGAGAGAGAGAGCACAUGAGAGGGGGGAGGGUCAGAGGGAGAAGCAGACUCCCUGCCGAGCAGGGAGCCCGAUGCGGGACUCAAUCCCGGGACUCCAGGAUCAUGACCUGAGCCGAAGGCAGUCGCUUAACCGACUGAGCCACCCAGGCGCCCUCAUUUUCUUUUGUUCUACAGGAGUUUUUUUUCCCCCCCCAGUGGAGGAGGAGGAUUUUAUUCUUGAUUUCCCUCCAUGCAAAAUUGCAUCUUUCAGGGGCCGCUAAGCACACACUGUGUAUUUUCUCUGUGGCAGAGUAUGCAGGUGGGGACGGAAUGUUGGGCUCGAUGGGGCCUUGAAUAUUGCUUGCCCCUGAUCAAGUGUACAUAUUCUGAUGAUUAUAAAUAGUACAUUUUGGGUUUCUGUGAUGUUUCAAAAAUAUAAUUAUAUAAUUACAUGAUGUGAAACUUUAAGAAUUCAAUUAUAAGAGCAGUAAUCAGUUAACCUGUACUUGGGACGACUGUAUCCAAUAUUGUAAUGUAAACAGGUAAUUAGAAAUAAUUUUGCCAAAUGACUAAUUUGCUGUAUUUCCCCCUAUAACUUUAACAAAUAGAGAUUUUCCAAGUGAAGCACACUUCCUUUAGGUCCAUGUUAUUGCUAGGCCUUCAUCAAGUCUAGAGAGAGCCUUCCUGGCAUCCUUUAGUUAUCAUUGCCUAUCUAGCAUAGAAGCAAAAUGAAUUUCAUCUGCAAAUAGAAUUUUCAAAAUAAUGGUUCUUCUAAAUAGGGCACAGUUAUCUGCCAAAGAUGUAAAAGAUCGAUCAUAUAAUGACCCUUUCACCCUCUGAUACAUCUAAAAAUAUAUGGAUACUGAUAGCAUUGUUAUUAUUCUGCUGGAAGUAAUGGGUUAGAAGGACAGUCGGUGUUUUACCCAAGCUAUGAGUGAAUAAAAAGAUAG